GGGCUCAGGGAACUCGUCCCGCCAGCAGAGUGCGCCCCUGCGCCUCGAUCAGAAAGUGGGGUUGCCUCCUACCAAAGAACAAACCCACUCCCCGUUUUCCGUGAAACUGUGAAAAGGAAAAGCCCUGUUGUUUUUUCUGUGGGGCUUUUUUUUUCUUUUUUUUUUUCUCCUUCUUCCUCUCCUCCUCCUAACAGUGUCAGAAAGCCCAUGCACCGAGAGCUUUCUCCGCCACCUCCACCGCUCACAGGACUCACCCAGGAUGCUAUCGAACAACCCUCGCGUCGGGCACAAAGUGGCAGGCUGCUUGGUUUUCCUCUCCCUCCUUCACAUCCACUUUGCUGCUGGCAGCUCAGGAAAAGGCUCACAGAGCCAAGAUGAUACGCAUGUCAUCCACAACAAUCAACUGGACCUGCGGGAGAUAGUGUUCAUCAUCCAGAGUCAAAGCAACUACUUCCAUGUGAGGCAGGCAGAAAGACGGAGGGGGGAUUUGCUCAAGCAGGCACAGAGUCUCACAGGGAAACCACCGGUGAUUUUGCUUCUUCACAGUUUAUCAGAUAAUGAGGGAGAUUGGAGUAUCCUGCCUCUGCUGCCUUACUUGUCAUACUCCUUUGGGAAAAACUCAUCCUGGAUUGUAUUUCUUGAGGAGGAAACAAAUGUGAAGAUGACUAAGCUUGUUCAAGUCCUUGCAAAAUUUGACAAGAAUAAAGACUGGUUUCUUGGUAGGCCCCUCCAUGACGAGGAGUCGACCAUCAUCCAUCACUACGCCUUUGCAGAGAAUCCCUCUGUCUUCAAAUAUCCAGACUUUGCUGCUGCUUGGGCCUUAAGCAUCCCCCUAGUUGUUCGUCUUGCAAACAAAGUGAGAGACGAGCCACUCAAAUCUGACUUCACCAUUGACCUGAAACAUGAGGUUGCCUUGUAUAUCUGGGACAACGGGAAGGGUCCACGUCUCACCGCUGUUCCUGAGCUGUGCACCGAGCCGGAGGACUCUCCUCAGGCCGGGCACUGUGCCACCACUCUGAGCAGCGGGCCUCCACUGUGUGGGGAGGCUGUAAAUAAAGAAGAUAUAUUUGUUGCUGUGAAAACGUGUAGGAAGUUUCACAGUGAACGAGUUCCAGUGAUAAAGAAGACUUGGGAAAAGGACGCCUUAUUUUUGGAGUACUAUAGUGACCAUGCUGAUCCUUCAAUACCGACCAUCAAUUUAGGAGUUCCAAACACUGAAAGAGGCCACUGCGGGAAAACAUUUGCAAUCCUACAGAGAUUUCUAAGCAGCACUGUCCCAAACACCAAGUGGCUCCUUGUUGUGGAUGAUGACACGCUUAUCAGCCUCCCCAGACUGCAAGACCUGCUGAGCUGUUACGACCCCUCUGAACCAGUGUGUCUAGGGGAGAGAUACGGCUACGGCCUGAGCCAAGGCGGCUAUAGCUACAUCACAGGAGGUGGAGGUAUGGUGUUCAGCAGGGAGGCCGUGGUCCAACUUCUUAACAGCGGCUGUAAGUGCUACAGCAAUGAUGCGCCGGAUGACAUGGUGCUGGGAAUGUGCCUCAAUGCUCUCGGCCUUCCUGUCACACACAGUCCACUCUUCCAUCAGGCACGGCCAGAGGACUAUGCCAGAGACUUCCUAGCUCACCAGGUGCCCAUCUCUUUUCAUAAACAUUGGAACAUCGACCCCGUUGCUGUUUUCAACAAAUGGCUUAAGGACGACUUGAAGGCAAAACCUGCAGGUGGACUUAAUAAAAGCGCUAAGACAGAGUUAUAAUAAUUUUAAGCACAAGACUGGCCUGUAUGAAUAUGUGUGUAUAUACACUGUGUGUGUGUGUGAGAGAGAAGGAGAGCGUGUGUAUUAUGGAGUCAUGGAAUUGAAAUAUUGUCCUUCACAGAUGUAAAUGUUUUUGUAUUGUUAAUGUUGAACUGUUAUUAAGAGGGACCAUGCAAGUGUGUGUCCAUGACUUAAUAUGUGGGUCUUUUCAUGAGUUGCAUGUUGAGGUUAUUGUCAUUUUGGAAAUAUGAAUAUAGUUAUGUGUAUAUUUAUAUCAUAUGAAUAAUCUAAACCUUACAGAGGAGCAUAACUUCUCUGGGAGAUACUAUAACUUUCAAGAAGUAUCACUAAUGCUGUACAAUGUGCCCUAUUUUGACAUAAAAGUAUAAAUAUUUGAGAA